AUGAACGGUGUGACGGUUGCCGGGCGCACUGGUCACUCGGAUGUUGACACGACGCAAGAUGAGGAGUACCAAGCCCGCAUGGUGGAAGAAGAGAGAAGGCGGCAGAUGCAGGAGCGCACGGUGGAGCGCAUGCAAACAGACUUCCAGCACUUCAUUGCGUUGAUCGAGAGAGCUGUGCUGUCGGAAGAUCGUGUGGAAGAUGCACCCAACCCCGCAGCUUUGUUGGAGCGGCUCCGGGAUGUUGCCAGCGAGCGCCUGGAGAUCACUCGGCCCUCUCGUCCAGACGGCGACGAGCCUCUGGAGCUUGACAUGGCAUCUGGGUGCGACGUGGGGCUGCAGGUCGGAGAGUGCGGGGACAUGGCGUGA